AUGUUGGACAUGAUCAUUAGAAACGGUCGCAUUGUUACUGCUGCCGAGGUACUGCCAUUCGGCACUGAGAUUGGAGUUCGCGAUGGAAAAAUUGCGACUCUGGGUCUUAAUCUAGAAGUAGGGGAUGCCACUGAAGUUAUAGACGCCGAGGGGGCCUAUAUUACGCCAGGUGGUGUCGACUCGCACGUCCACAUCGCGCAGGAUAACGCACCCACCGGAGACACUUGGGAGACUGGAACAAGGUCGGCGAUCGCAGGUGGAAACACGACCGUGAUUGCAUUCGCGACACAGAAACGCACCGAGGAGAGCCUUUGGCCCGCGCUGGAGGCGUACCAUAAGAAGGCUACUGGGAACGCCUUCUGCGAUUACGGAUUCCACUUGAUCGUCACGAAUCCGAACGAGUCGGUACUAAAUGAAGAACUGCCAGCGCUUGUAGAUCGAGGCAUCACAAGCAUAAAACUGUACAUGACAUACCAGCCACUCAGGCUGGGCGAUGGGGACCUUUUCAACCUGAUGAUGAGGGCUCGUCGACUAGGGAUCACGACCAUGAUCCAUUGUGAGAACAACGAUAUUAUCGAGCAAAUCACGAAACGCCUUGCAGAACAAGGGAACCUAGACAGCUACUUCCACUCCGUCGCGCGACCCCAAAUCGCAGAGAGCGAGGCAACAUAUCGCGCCAUCAGUCUGGCGGAGAUCACCGACACCCCGAUUCUCAUUGUGCACAUGUCGGCCCCAGAAGCAGUGCGCCAUGUCAACGAAGCCCAACGGAGACUCCUACCUAUCCAUGCCGAAACAUGCCCCCAUUAUCUGUACCUGAUCAGUGAGCACCUCAUGUCGGGUCCUGAUGACUUCGACGGAGCCCGCAACAUCUGCGCCCCGCCUCUUCGCCAUGAUGCCAAAGACUUAGAGUACUUAUGGAGGGGUCUAGCCAAUGGGACAUUCACUGUCGUCUCGUCUGAUCACGCACCCAGUGCCUUCGACCAUCCGUGCGGAAAAAUGCGCGGACUCAGCACAGCAGAUGGCGAUGGAAAGCCUCGACGGGAUUUUCGAAAUGUACCCAAUGGCGUGCCGGGCGUAGAGACAAGGCUUCCGCUAUUGUUCAACAGGACAGUCGGCCACAAAAGCCAUGGCAAUGGAGAUAGUUCAAUCCAUAUCUCCUUACCUCGAUUCGUGCAGCUUACCUCAACCAACCCGGCGAAGCUUUACGGGCUAGGAGACCGCAAGGGAAGUCUGCUCCCCGGAUACGAUGCCGACAUUGUCAUCUGGUACCCGGAAGAAGGUUAUAAUGCACCAGGAUUGCCCGUUAGAUUUACCAUCACCAACGAAAGCCUUCAUCAUCGAAUUGAUUUUACACCGUUUGAGGGUAUCAAGGUACGCAAUUGGCCGCGAUGGGUGUUUUUGCGCGGAAAGCUGGCCUGGGACCGCGAUGGAGAAGGGGUAGUGGGCCGGAAGGGCGAAGGCCAAUUCUUGAAGAGACAGCCUUCGACGACUCUGACAGGCCAAGCAGGACAGACAGCCAUGGUCCAAGGAAGCUCCACCCAGCAAGUCAACAUUCUUCUCAUCAACCCAAACUCAACGGAAUCUAUGACCGAGUCAUGCCUCAGAAGCAUUGAGUCUACAUUGCCACCCCAUGUCUCGGUCUACGGAUUCACAUGUCCCAAGACAGGCCCCAGCGCUAUCGAGGGCAACGUCGACGCCACCAUCUCUGCCGCCGACAGUUUUCGAGCUUUGGCCUCGUUGCUGAGAAAGUUGACGACACCCAAAAUCGACGCCUUCCUUGUGGCGUGCUUCUCGGCCCAUCCUCUGAUUGGCAUGCUGCGCGAGGAAUACCCCCAGCCCGCCAUUGGGAUCAUGGAGGCGGCGCUCUACGCGAGCCGAAUGUGCGGCGAUCAGUUGGGAAUCGUAACUACCAGCGAGCGAUCCAGCAUGCGCCAUUCUCGAGCAACGUUUGACCUGGGACUGGGAAACAACUUUGUCGGCUGUGAGACAGGCAACGCGUCGGUUCUCGAACUCGAGUCAGCACCUAAAGGCUUUGUGCAUGCGGGCCUCGCGACGGCGGCGCGAAAGCUCGUGGAUCGGGGCGCCGACUGCGUUUGUCUGGGCUGUGCGGGUAUGACGGGCUUGCAUGAAGCAUGUCGGCAGGCGGUUCUCAUGGACGACGGCCAAGUCAUGGUUGUCGACGGCGUUGCAGUCGGCGUGCACUUCCUGCUGGGCCUUGUCCGCGUGGGUCUCCGGACGACGAAAUCGGGGGUUUAUCGCCCCGCUUUUCCUGCGCGAGAGCGAAGGGGCCAGGAUUGGCUUUAG